GUGCUAUCUGCUGGCUGCGCGGGGCCGGCGCGGCGGGAGCAGCCGGGCGGGCGGGCGGGCGGGCGGAGCGCGGAGCCGGGCGGGAGAGCGCGCCCUAGCGGGCCGGCGGGGGCCACUCCGGGGCCGGGCGAGCGGGCGAGGGAGCGAGCGAGGGAACGAGAGAGGGAGAGAGCGAGAGUUGGAGAGAGAGAGAAAGUUGGAGAGAGAGAGAAGGAGAGAGUUGGAGAGAGAGAAAGUUGGAGAGAGAGAAAGUUGGAGAGAGAGAAAGUUGGAGAGAGAGAAAGUUGGAGAGAGAGAGGAGAGUUGGAGAGAGAGAGAGAGAAGAGGGCGCCGCCUCCAGCGCCCAGGCCGCCGGCGAGCGAGCGAGCGAGCGCGGGCAGGUGGCCCAGAGCCUCGCGGAGCCGCCGCGGGCGCGGGGCGCGUCCUGGAGGCCGGUCGCUAGGCCCCGCGGGGCCGGGCCGGGCAGGGCCGGGAGAGGCGCCCUCUGCAGCCUGGCCGCUCCCACGUGCGCCUGCCCGCCCGCCCGCCCGCAGGGUGCACCACGCCCCGCACCCGCACCCGUACCCGCACCCGCACCCUGCACCGGGGAGCCCCGCCGGCUGGGCAGAGGCGGGCGCGCCACAUGCGCUCCGCUAGGGGAUCUCGAACGACUCUCCCCUGUUUGCAAAAGCGCCGCACCCGCAUCGCCAGGAAGCAACACCACCUACCUUGACCCGCCCUUUGUGCACUGCCGUGGGCGUCUUGUUCUUUUUAUUAUUAUUUUUUCUUGGGGGGGUGUCUUACUUUAAUUUUCAUUUUUGCACUUUUUUUUGUUCCUCUUUUUUUUUUUUUCGUGUAUGCUUUUGCACACUUUUCUCGCCCUCCUCCCCGCGCGCGGCCGCCCGAGGAUGCGGGGGGCGCGCGUGCUGGGCGCCGCGCUGGGGCUGCUGCUGCUGCACCUGGGCGCCGUGGCGCUUGCCCUGUCGACCUGCAGCACCCUGGACAUGGACCAGUUCACGCGCAAGCGGAUCGAGGCCAUCCGCGGGCAGAUCCUGAGCAAACUGAAGCUCACCAGCCCCCCGGAGGACUUUCCGGAGCCUGAGGACGUGCCCCCCGAGGUCAUCGCCAUCUACAACAGCACCCGGGACCUGCUGCAGGAGCGGGCUGGCCGCCGAGCCGCCGCCUGCGAGCGGGAGCGCAGCGACGAGGAGUACUACGCCAAGGAGGUGUACAAGGUGGACACGUCCUUCCUGUCCUCCGAGACUGUCUGCCCAGUUGUUACAACACCCUCUGGCUCAGUGAGCAGCUUCUGCUCCAGAAAGACCCAGGUGCUCUGUGGGUACCUUGAUGCCAUCCCGCCCACGUUCUACAGACCCUACUUCAGGAUCGUGCGUUUUGACGUUUCGGCAAUGGAGAAGAACGCUUCCAACCUGGUGAAGGCCGAGUUCAGAGUCUUCCGCCUCCAGAACUCCAGAGCCAAGGUUUCUGAGCAGCGGAUCGAGCUGUACCAGAUCCUUAAAUCCAAGGACCUGACAUCUCCCACCCAGCGCUACAUCGACAGCAAAGUCGUGAAGACGAGGGCAGAGGGCGAAUGGCUGUCCUUCGAUGUCACGGACGUGGUGCAAGAGUGGCUCCAUCACAAAGACAGGAACCUGGGAUUCAAAAUAAGUUUGCAUUGCCCCUGCUGCACCUUUGUGCCAUCUAAUAAUUACAUCAUCCCCAAUAAGAGCGAAGAGCUGGAAGCAAGAUUUGCAGGUAUUGAUGGCACCUCCACAUAUACCAGUGGUGAUCAGAAAACUAUAAAGUCCACUAGGAAAAAAAACAGUGGGAAGACCCCACACCUCCUGCUAAUGUUGUUGCCCUCCUACAGACUUGAGUCACAGCCUUCCAACCGGCGGAAGAAGCGUGCUCUGGACGCAGCCUAUUGCUUUAGGAAUGUGCAGGAUAAUUGCUGCCUCCGUCCUCUUUACAUUGAUUUCAAGAGGGAUCUUGGGUGGAAAUGGAUACAUGAACCCAAAGGGUACAAUGCCAACUUCUGUGCGGGAGCCUGUCCAUAUCUGUGGAGCUCAGACACUCAGCACAGUCGGGUUCUCAGCUUAUACAAUAACGUGAAUCCAGAAGCAUCCGCUUCCCCUUGCUGUGUGUCCCAGGAUCUGGAACCUCUAACUAUCCUCUACUAUAUCGGCAAAACCCCCAAGAUCGAACAGCUUUCCAACAUGAUCGUCAAAUCCUGCAAAUGCAGCUAAGGUCCUCAGAGGAGUGGCGAGACAGAAGUCACACCAGGGAGGACAGCAAUGACAAUACCAGUCACAGGAGAAUAUGAGUUAUGAGAGCCUUGCUUCAUCAGUGUUUUUUUUUUUUCUUUAAAAAAAACAUUCUAUUUGAAAAAAAACCAAAACGGUACCAGCUCCAACACUUUGGAAGUUUGCAUUCUGUUUGUCAGAACUCACAUCUGAAACCAAAACAAAAGUCAAAGGCCUGACACUAUGUUUCACCUUCUCCAGAAGUGAGAGAGAGAGACAAGAAGCAAAAAAAUUUUUUUUCUUUCUUUCUUUCUUUUUAUUUUUUUUUUUUAAGAAAAAAUAAGUAAACAAACACUGGAAGAAUUUGUUAGUGUUAAUUAUGUGAAAGGAAACAAGCAAACAAAACAGGAAAACCCCACGAGUGAAGUUGCUGUGCGUACUGUUUCUGUCUCGUGCCUGACGCCAUCUUUCUAUGAUUGCUUCUUCCUCCCAUCCACCACCUAGCAGUGAAUUAUUUAUUGCGUGUUACUCUAGAGUGAACAUUUCAUUACCCUUGGAAAAAUAAAACAAGUGUACAAAGUGGAGAACAAGCGCUUUGCCAGAAACUCAUGGAUGGCUUAAGGAGCUUGAACUCAAACGAGCCAGGAGAAAAAAAAAAAAAAAAGGAGCUCGUAUUCAGUGAGAUGGAAACGCAGGUGAUGGUGUGACCCCGCCCGCCGGUCUGUGCUCAGAGACCCAGAGAGUAUCUGCUCUCCCCAGCACCUGAGGAAGCUUCUUGUAAGGUUCCCAAGUGAAAAACCUGCCAAUAAAGAAAACUUUCAGUUCGAAUAAGUCUAUAAGGUUUUAUUUUAUUAUGAUGAUGACGAUGCUUCCUUUUGAAUUGUAAAUGGUUCUUUGUCCGUCUCGUAAAAACAGUGAAAAUGCUGAAGCGUUUGGAUCACACAGUGGUCAGACCCAAGCCUGAAAGUCUCGCUGUGUAACCAGGAUGUGGGAUUUUUCUUCCCCCCUCGCUCUGGCAUCUGUAACUAUCCCUGUAUUAUUGCCAUGGAUGAAUCUAGAAGCCAGUCUAAUUGGAAACACAGCAGCAGAUCCCCUUGUUACAGACCAUGAAAUGGAAACAUUAACUCGUUGAUGUGUAACCUGUAAAUCUCUACCAUGUUUUGUACAUUCGGUAAUCAUGUCAGGUGUGAUCUGGACUGGACUUAAAUUUGGCUUCUCUUUCAGGACUCCUCUGAACCAGGUGUUUCCUUUGUUUCUGCUACAUGCAGCUUUUGUCCUCCGAUGGGCACGUCAGCUUUGUGCAGCCUUUGUCUCCGUGACAGAAGCUACCUGAGCCCCCUUUUCCUUGUCUCCCCUCUGAUAACAAGGAAUGACUUGAGUUCAAUAGGACCAUCUUCUCCACGGCCUUAGACAUUGAUUCAGAUGCUAAACUGCCUCCAUGUUUUAGGAGAAUUGGGAACCCACUACCGGUAGGUGAAUCGCGAAGGUGAAAUGUUUUAAGUUUUAGCAGCGGCGUUAAGGACAGACUGGAACCCAGAAUCUCAGUGGUGGACACCUUUGGGAGGUUGUCUCCAGCUUGGUUCCAUUGGCACUUUCACCGGAUCCCACCAUCAUUAGAGCACAGACUUUUCCGGAGAGACACCUUUUUUUACUUUGAUUGAGUUUUCCACAUCGGAGGAGGGAACUGGAAAGAUUUACAUUUUAGGUGAUGUUUUAAGUGUGUGUGUGGGGAGGUUGGAGUUCGAGUCUUGCAUACAUCAUUUCAUUUAUUUCACUGAAGUUAAGGCUUUUCCAAAUGUUCUUUGAAGGUUUUUGAAAAGGCACAACCUAGUUGUCCCCUGAUUAACACACACACACACACACACACACACACACACACACACACACAAUCGUCCUGACCAUUCACGAGAAUGACAAACUGGAACAGCCAGAGACGGAGAGGCACACCCCAGGCCCCUUUCUUCCCCCUGCUCUCCUGUUGAUUCUGUGUACAUCACUUUUAUUCCUGCAGGCAUUUUCCUCACUGAUGGAAUGAUGUUUGUGUUGUAUUAUUUUGUCUUUCCUCAUGAAUGCACUGAUAAUAUUUUAAAUUCUCUAUUUUAAGAUCUCUUGAAACUUUUUUUUUUAAUUUUUAGUUUUGGGGGGUUCCCUAAGGUCUUAAUUUCCCAUAAGUAAAUAUUGCCUGGGGAGGGGUGAGGGUGGGGGGGAAUUUUUAGAAAGGGGGUGGGGUCUCAGUUCUGUGUUAAACAGCAGUACAAUUUGAUGGUUGGCCUGGUUUUUCUAAAAAAAAAAAAAAAGAAAAGAAAAGCAAAGAAAAGAAAAAAAGGAAUUUGAUAAUAGCUGUUGUGUAUUUUGAUGACCGAUGAUGCUGUCCUUUAACACAAACGUAUGUCUGGUUUUUUUUUUGUUUUGUUUUUGUGGUGCUCUAGUGGUAAAUAAAUUAUUUCAAUUUCA